CGGGGGCCGGAAGUGGCGUCAGCGGGCCGCGCGCAGCCGGAGAUGAAGCCGGCGGUGGACGAGAUGUUCCCCGAGGGCGCCGGGCCCUACGUGGACCUGGACGAGGCGGGGGGCAGCACGGGGCUCCUGAUGGACCUGGCGGCCAACGAGAAGGCCGUGCACGCCGACUUCUUCAACGACUUCGAGGAUCUCUUCGAUGACGACGACGUGCAGUGAGGCCUGGCGGGGCGGCUCGAGGGGUGCUUCGCGGGACAAGAUGGGCGCCCCGGGAGUGGGGCUGUGCUCACUGGGUGGGCAGCCGGGCCUGGGCUGCUUGUGACCCAGAUGUGACCAGCUGUGUCUCCCUCUUAAUUAAAGCCGCGUGGUCACUGG